AUGUCCUACGCCGCAAAGACAGUCACACUUAACAAUGGCAAGAAGAUGCCCCUAAUCGGGUUGGGAUGCUGGAAAAUUCCUAACGACGUGUGUGCCUCUCAGGUGUACGAGGCCAUCAAGCUCGGAUACAGGCUAUUCGAUGGAGCUGAGGACUAUGGUAAUGAAAAAGAAGUCGGUCAAGGAAUCAAGCGUGCUAUUGAAGAAGGUUUGGUGAAGAGAGAGGAUCUGUUCGUGGUGUCGAAGCUGUGGAAUUCUUACCAUCACCCUAACCACGUGAAACUCGCUUUGCAGAAGACGCUUGACGACAUGGGAUUGGAUUACUUAGAUCUGUUUUACAUUCACUUCCCAUUGGCGUUCAAGUUCGUACCCUUCGAAGAGAGGUACCCACCUGGGUUCUAUACCGGCAAAGAGGAUGAGGAAAAGGGUAUUAUUUCGCAGGAAAACGUGCCCAUCUUGGACACUUAUCGCGCACUAGAGAAGUGUGUCGACGAGGGACUGAUCAAGGCAAUCGGUAUUUCCAAUAUGGCGGGUGCUCUGGUCCAGGACUUGCUUCGCGGUGCCAGAAUCAGGCCCGCCUGCCUACAAAUCGAGCAUCAUCCAUAUUUGACUCAAGAUCAUCUUGUCAAGUAUUGCCAAAAGGAGGGUGUUCAAGUUGUGGCGUACUCCUCGUUCGGUCCUCAGUCUUUCUUGGAAAUGGGCUCCGAGCUUGCCAAGACCACUCCUACCCUGUUCCAACACGAAACUGUGAAGGCAAUUGCUGAGAAACACAAGGUAUCCGCUCCGCAAGUUCUGCUAAGAUGGGCAACUCAAAGAGGCGUUGCGGUGAUUCCCAAGUCUUCCAAGAAGGAAAGGCUGCUAACCAACUUGACAAUUGAUGAUGAUAUCACCUUGAGUGACGACGAACUGAAGCAGAUUUCAGGUUUGAACAAGGACAUUCGUUUCAACGAUCCUUGGACUUGGAGUGGCAUGGAGUUCCCAACUUUUGCUUAA